AUGUCGUCGACGCGGGAAGCAUCUCCGCCAAUCGACAGAGUAGUAGGCAGCAAUCAUGCAGGAGGAGACGAAGAAGAUUUGCAGAAGGAAAGUUCCGCCGAACGAGGUAUUGCCGAGUUAAUUGGAUGGGGGCAUAUCUCAAACUUCUUGCUGCACCAAAGACGACUAUUCUAUGUUCAUAAGGAAGUCCAUCAUCACCGCGAAGGUGCAGAGUUCGCUGCAGAACCAAUCCCAUGCGACGGUUCAUCAUUCUUUGGUUCCAUUUUCCUUGAGCACGACUUGGACAUUAAAGACUUCAAGUCUUGUCAGGCACAGGAAUCGACUUGUUCUCCAAAGAAUAAGAUUGCAGAGAUGCUGAACGCACUAGCAAAAAUAAAGCUUAAUGCUGUCACAGCGCAGAUUCAAUACCAAGCUCGUGAAAAGGAGCUAAAACCUGCUCUGAUGCAGUACAAGAGAGGUCUUUGCAAUAUGAAGAGAGCGAAAACGUCCAUGAAAUAG